AUGGGCAACAGAUCAGACAAAAAUGUAAUACCUGUAUCCACUGAUUUGCCUAUUGUUCAUCCAGUGUUCUUAGAACGCCCUAUUUGGUAUUGGAAUUCAGAUAAAAAUCCAUGGUCAUCCUCUCCUGAAUUGUGUAAAUGGCAACCCUAUUCAGAUAUUGAAAAUGAAAUUAUUGAAACAGCCUAUCAAUCAUAUGAAAAACAAGUGUUACUAGAUAAUUAUAUUAUAGAUCUUGAACAUAAAGUUCAAAUAGAUAAACAAGAUGAAAAGAAAACUUGUCCCAUAAAACAAUUUCUAGUCUCAUCUCAAAAUGAUUUAUUACGAACCGAACGAUUCUAUUUCCCACAGAAAUUAGUUCAAUCAUUUAGUGAGGUGAAUUCAAAUCGAUUCCUUAAUGAAUGGAAAAAUAAAAAUCAUGGAAUCUCAUUAAGUGAUAAAUUAGAACAAGCAGCCGAUGGAAUUAUUAAAGAAGGUAAACAACUUGGACUACAAACAGAGCCCAAAUGGAUUGCAAAAGAAUUGAGAGAGAUGAAGGAUAAACCAAAUGAAGAAAUUGAAAAAUAUCUCAUUUCACUUUAUACGAAAGAAUGUUUUAUUUAUAAAAUCAUUAAUAAAACAUUACGUGAAAAUGAUCGAUCUAAACUAGAUACAUUGGGCGCUCUCUGUCAGUUACUCUAUCACUGUGAUUGUUCGUCAACAUUUAAACCAUACGGUUAUAAUGGAUUACUCUAUCGUGGUGCACAACUUGAUCAACAAACUAUUGAUGGUUAUAUACAGGCAGUAGGCUCGAAAAAAACAUGGGAUGCUUUUUCAUCCACAAGUAAAAAACGUGAAAAAGCAGAAAAAUUUGGUAAUGUAUUAUUCAUAAUUGAACUAAAAAGUUCAUCAUACCAUUUUAGUGGUAUGGAUAUAUCGUCGUAUUCGUAUUAUCCUGAAGAAGAAGAAGUUCUAGUGAGAGCAGCAAGAAAUUUUAUCAUUGAAAAAGUAGAACGCGAUGAUAUGACAGGAAAAUACUGUAUUUAUUUAUCACUUUGUUAA